AAUAUCAAUAUGGCUUAAAUAAAAAAUAUUCUAACAGUAGCUGGACUAACACACCAUAACAACAAUGGCGGCAAUUCUACAUUUGGUUCCUCUGGUCUCAGCCUCGCCAAACUCCCUCACUACUGACAUAACCAAAUCAAAAACCAUAGCCAAGGACACUUCAUCAACUGGGUCACUGAAGAACUGUAAAACCAUGGAAGAACUCAAGCAAUUACACUGUAACAUCACCAAAAAAGGCCUCAACCACAAACUCUCUGCUAUCACCGAGCUUAUUGCUACAUGUGCCGAAAUGGGCACCUUCGAAAGCUUGGAUUACGCUCGUAGAGCAUUUGGGUUAUUUAAGGAAGACGAAGAUACCAACGGCACUUUGUUUAUGUAUAACUCUCUCAUAAGGGGUUACUCUGCAGCAGGACUUGGUGACGAUGCUAUUUCGCUUUAUGUUCAUAUGGUGGUGAUGGGAAUUUUUCCUGAUAAGUAUACGUUUCCGUUUGUGCUGAGCGGGUGUGCCAAGCUUGAGGCUUUUUCUGAGGGUAUUCAGCUUCAUGGGGCUGUUGUAAAGAUGGGUUUAGAAGAUGAUGUGUUUAUUAGAAAUUCUCUUAUUCAUUUUUAUGCUGAAUGUGGGGAGCUGGUUGAUGGGCAAAAGGUGUUCGAUGAAAUGGCUGAGAAAAAUGUUGUGUCGUGGACUAGUUUGAUUUGUGGUUAUGCUAGAAGGGAUUUACCGAAAGAAGCUGUUUCGUUGUUUUUUGAGAUGAUGAACGCGGGUAUUAAGCCCAAUUCAGUCACAAUGGUAUGUGUUAUUUCUGCUUGUGCAAAGUUGGGUGAUCUUGAAUUGGGUGAGAGGAUAUGCGCGUGUAUUGAAGAGUCGGGAGUGAAGCUUAAUGCUUUUAUGGUGAAUGCACUUGUUGAUAUGUUCCUGAAAUGUGGAGCUGCUGAUGCUGCCAAUAAACUUUUUGAUGAAUGUUCAGACAAGAAUUUAGUUCUUUGUAACACGAUGUUGUCGAAUUAUGUUCGCCGAGGACUACCUAGGCAAGGUCUUCAUUUAUUGAAUCAAGUGCUAAGACAUGGCCUGCGACCAGACAGGGUCACAUUGUUGUCUGCAAUCUCAGCUUGUUCGCAGUUAGGUGAUAUUCUUUCUGGAAAGGGGUGCCACUGUUAUGCUUUAAGGAAUGGACUAGAAGGUUGGGAUAGUAUUUCUAAUGCCAUGAUUGACCUGUAUAUGACUUGUGGAAAACAAGAGAUGGCCUGUAAAAUUUUUUAUCGUAUGCCAAACAGGACAGUAGUGACGUGGAACUCGUUGCUUGCUGGUUUGAUAAAAAAUGGUGAUGUGGAAUCAGCUUGGAGAAUAUUUAAUGAGAUGCCCGAGAGAGAUCUCAUCUCUUGGAACACCAUGAUUGGCGCUCUUGUGGAAGAAAAUAGGCAUGAGGAAGCAAUUGAACUCUUCCAAACAAUGCAGACCAAGGGAAUUAAGGCAGAUAGGGUGACCAUGGUAGAGGUGGCAUCUGCAUGCGGUUUCCUAGGAGCUCUAGAUCUUGCUAAAUGGAUCCAUAGCUACAUCCGAAAAAAUGAAAUAUAUUGUGAUUUGCGGCUAAGGACAGCCUUAGUUGACAUGUUUGCUAGGUGUGGUGAUCCUCAGAAUGCAAUGCAAGUCUUCAAUAACAUGCCAAGAAGAGAUGUCUCUGCUUGGACCACAGCCAUUGGGGCUAUGGCAAUGAACGGAAAAGGAGAAAAGUCUAUGGAACUUUUCAUUGAGAUGCUUAAGCAAGGGGUGAAACCAGAUGGAAUAGUUUUUGUGGCACUAUUGACAGCAUGCAGUCAUGGCGGAUAUGUAGAACAAGGCCAAAAACUUUUCAAGUCAAUGAAAGAACUCCAUGGAAUCUCUCCAGAGAUUGUUCACUACGGCUGUAUGGUUGAUCUUCUCGGUAGAGCUGGGAUGCUAAAGGAAGCUAGUGAUCUGAUAAAGAGCAUGCCAAUGGAACCUAAUGAUGUAAUUUGGGGGUCUUUCUUGGCCGCUUGCCGAACACAUAGAAACAUUGAAAUGGCAGCCUAUGCAGCUGAAAGAGUGAAAGAGUUGGCUUCUCAGAGGAGUGGAAUUCAUGUACUUCUGUCAAACAUAUAUGCUUCUGCUGGGAAAUGGACUGACGUGGCAAAAGUGAGGCUGCAUUUGAAGGAGAAAGGGAUCACCAAAGUGCCUGGCACAAGCCUAAUAGAAGUUAAUGGAACUAUUCAUGAGUUCACCUCUACUGAUGAUAGUCACCCAGAGCACAGUCAAAUUUCAUACAUGCUGGAAGAAAUAAACUGCAGGCUUAGAGAUGCUGGCCAUGAACCUGAUUUGGCUAACGUCCUGCUUGAUGUGGAUGUGCUUGAGAAAGAGUAUUUUCUAAGCAGACACAGUGAGAAACUUGCUAUGGCUUUUGGGCUUAUCAGCACAGGUCAAGGAAUGCCAAUUCGUGUUGUUAAGAACCUCCGAAUAUGCUCUGAUUGCCACUCAUUUGCCAAACUAGUUUCACAGAUAUAUGACCGUGAAAUAGUCAUUCGAGAUAACCACAGAUUUCACUUUUUCAGGGGCGGGCAUUGCUCUUGCAAUGAUUAUUGGUAAUUCAUGUUUUUAUCCUCUGAAAAGAAGAAAUAUCAUUACUUUGUAAAUACUGGCUCCAUACUAAUUCCAUUGUUGGUCCUGAUAGCAUAUAUCAAAACAAUUCUGAUUCCUGAAAGAGACAUUUUGGAUCA